AUGCUCUCGCUCCUUUCCUCCGCCCUCCUGCUCUCCUCGUUGGCAUCCGCGGAGAUCGACUGCAAGCACAUCGUCAAGGACAAGCGGGAGUUCGACCUCAGCAAGCUUGAUGGCAAGCAUAGCGUCCAUUACAUCCGGUCCGACCUGCCCGGGGAGCCAGGCGUGCACAACACUACCUUUACAACGGAUCUCUGCCAUCCGCUGAAGGAUACCGGAUGUCCGCAAGGGUCCCGGAUAUGUGCUUCAACCUACCUUAACAACGACUCCGAUCCCUUCUCCGCCAUCCCGAUCGCCAUGCUCCGUCCCACCGACAACCGAUACCUCGAGCCGAAAUGGACAUUGCUUAGCAAAUCCGACGCAAACGCGGACGCCGGCAAGGAGGGUCUGCGGCUCGAGAUCGGCGGCGGGCAGGAUCCGCCUACCGGACGAUACGGGAAGAAGCAGAAAGCCUUCAUCGAGUUUCUGUGCGAUCCGGAAGUGGAAGGGGACGAUGCCGAUAAGGAGGAGGGGAAGCUGCGGAGACGGGAAGGCGAUGACGACGCUGACGUCGAGGAUGACGGAACGGAUAAAGGCGAGGGAAAAAAGAUGGAUGAAGGGCGAAGUCUGCAAUUCGUGAGCUAUACGCCGGCGGUGGACGAGGACUUGAUGGUGCUCCGUUUGGAAUGGAAGACGAAACACGCAUGCCAGAGCAAGAAAGAUUCCGGGGACGAUAAACCGUCCGACCAUUGGGGUUUCUUCACCUGGUUCUUGAUAAUCGUCUUCCUCCUCAUCGCCUCCUACCUCAUCUUUGGCGCGUGGCUCAACUACAACCGCUACGGCGCGCGUGGCUGGGACCUUCUCCCGCACGGCGACGCCGUCCGCGACGUUCCAUACCUUCUCAAGGACUUCGGGCGAAGAAUCGCGAGUUCGAUCCAAGGAGGUGGUUCACGGGGUGGGUACAGCGCUGUAUGA